CGGUAGUUUUCUGCUAAAAAUACAUCGUGAAGUGGCGUGUGUUGUUUGGACUAUCGUGAGUCGUAAAUAAAAAUGCUUGAAAUAUGUUGAUAUUUCACGUUAUAAGUGGUCUUCAUGUAUAGUAAUACAGAAAUACAUCAAUGGACCUUAAACGGAUGACGAAAACUUAAUGUGAGAGGUGAUUUACUUUUGGUAUUUGUCAUAUGCUGCACGCCUUGGGGUCUGGACGAGGACAAAAAAUAAUCACUUAUUCUGAUCCUGAAUUGAUAAUGCUGUAUAGACACAACCAGUCUUCCGGCACGUAUUUACGCUUUCCCGAAACAAUGAGGUGCCUUACAAGUGGAUAUUUUUUUUAAAUAAUACGAUAUAUUUGUAAUGAUGGUUGAAAGACGCGAUUCAGAAUAAAGUCAAAAUGAGUCACAAUCUGGCAGGAAUGCCAUCUUACAGGAUGUCAGGGCCAGGACUGGGGCCUUCGGAUUUCAAGCCACCUAUGGACACCCCUACCCCACCAGCUCCAGCACCAAGCAAUCCGAAAAAGAGGAGAAAAACAUCAAAUGCAAAUAAUGCUCUAACUCCUCAACCACCACCUACCGCCCAAGACUUAUUACCACCACCACUAACUGGAUAUGGGGAUACUAUUGUGGCAUCAAAUCCUUUUGACGACUCCCCAUCAACAGUCUCACACAAUGGCCCAAUGAUGAGUCAAAAUGGUCCUAUGAUGAGCCAAAAUGGACCAAUGGGUAUGAUGGGUCCCAUGCACAAUAUGGGUGGUCCUCCUAUGAGACACAUGAGUCCCCUUCCACAUAACAUGAGCCCUAUGAACCAGCAGAUGCCUCCUAGAGGAGGAAUUAGUCCUAUGGGUAAUAUGAGCCCUAUGGGGCAUAUGGGUGGUAUGUCUCCUAUGGGAGGGCCAAAUAUGGGAAUGAGCAAUCAUAGCAUGGGCCCAGGUAUGGGACCAUCAAGAUCAAUGGGAAGUCCAAUGAGUCCUAUGAAUUCUAUGCCAAUGGGUUCUCCUAUGUCAUCAGGUCCAAUGGGAAGCCCUAUGAAUAUGGGUUCUAUGGCCGGCAGUCACAUGGGUAACAGCCCUAUGGGACCACCAAUGCAUAGUCCACUUGGUGCUGGGUCAAUGAAUGGACCAAUGGGCGGGGGAGGGCCUGGUAUGAAUGUUGCAAGAAUGAAUGGCCCAAUGGGACCUAACUGCUCAAAUGGUUCCAUGGGACCUACCAAUUCUAUAAUGUCACCAAGUCCAAUGCAAUCUGGAGGAAUGGGACCCACACACUGUGGUCCUAUGAGACAUGGCAGUCCAAUGGGGUCUGGAAUGGGAGGUGGACCGAUGGGUAACAAUGGACCCAUGACAUCAAUGGGUCCCGGCCCUCCAUAUUCUAAUAGCCACAUGGGUCAUGGAGGCCCAAUGAAUAUGGGAAAUAGUGGAUCUAUGGGUAUGGGUCCGGGUCCAGGUAAUAUGGGCAAUUGUGGACCUUUAGGUGGUAUGAGUGGGAUGUCUAUGGGUGGUCCUGGAGGGCAAGGUGUAGGACCUAUGGGCCAAAAUAUGGGUAUGUUUGGACCGAAACCUAUGCCAGUGAGUGCAGGAAAAGUAUAUCCCCCUGACCAACCAAUGGUGUUUAACCCUCAGAACCCAAAUGCACCACCAAUAUAUCCAUGUGGAGUUUGUCAUAAAGAGGUGCAUGAUAACGAUCAAGCAAUAUUAUGUGAAUCAGGAUGCAACUUUUGGUUUCACAGAGGUUGUACGGGCUUAACGGAGCCAGCGUUCCAGCUGUUAACAGCAGAAGUGUACGCGGAGUGGGUAUGUGACAAGUGCCUGCAUUCAAAAAACAUACCGUUGGUAAAAUUUAAGCCAUAGCGAUUUGCCAACUUGAACCCACUAGCGUUCCUGCCACUUAUAUGAGCAAGUGCUCACAUCAUCACAAGGGACUAUUUUUACUUUUUGACAAAUUACUUUUACGGAAUUAUUUUCGAUAUUCGUUUAGUGCUUUUGUCUGUAUCUGAUGAUUGUCACAUAAGAGGUUACUGUUUUUCACUCACAGUGCGGAUAAGGGGUAAUGCUUGCUUUGAUUUUCACUUGAGAUGACACUACUGAAUUAUACACAACAAUUUCAAGCAUGAUUUAAUGUAAUAAGUUUAAAA